UCAGACCAACCACCAUUAAAACUUUUCACUGUUUUUCCUUCAACAAUUCUCUCUUCCCUUCUCAAUCAAGCAAUAUCCCACAUGCAUCUAUACAUACACACCCCUGUACGUAUACCCGCAUAAAUCUUCGAAUCAAAAAAAGUUUUCUCUUAAUCCAUUGUUCAACUCUCUCUCUCUCUCUCUCUGUGUUUUUCUCUCUCUAAAACAACGAUAAAUCUUUCAAGAAAAAUCCGAUUAAGUUGUUGCAACAGAAUAAUCCGAUUCCACUAUUUCCGCUCACGAUAAUUCAAAGAUACAUUUUAUUAAGAUUUGGUUUCUGAAUUUUCUUGACGCCGAUGGGUAAUUGCUUCGGGACGGCGAAGAAAUCGGCGGCGGAAAUCGCGCCGUCGGAGCUGAUAAAAUCACCGCCGGCGAUCAAACUCUACGGCCCGCCGAACAGCUUCGCCACCUCCCAAAUCCGAUUGGCGAUCCUGUACAAGCCAGUCGCGCUCCAAUUCGUCCCCUCCGAGGCGAACGAAAACCCUACAAUCAUCUACAAAUCCGACGUCGUUUCGGGCUCCGUCGAGGAAAUACUCCGCUACCUGGACUCCAAGUUCCCCGACCCGCCGCUGACCGCGCCCGACAACACCACGAACAGCGCGUGGGGGUGGUGCGGGACGACGCCGCUGGUGGUGUGGGUGGUGGUGCUGCAGCACCGGAGCAUGAACUGGCAUCUGGAGAGGAUGGUGAAGUGGGCGGAGGACAUGGUGGCGCGUGGAGGGAACGCGCGUGGGGAUCCGUCGAUGGGGAGUCCCAGGAUGGAGGUGAAGAAGUUCGGGAAGAGCUACUCGCAGCUGCAGCAGGUGAUGCUCGAGCACGCGCAGAUGGAGGAAAAGAUUCUCUUCCAGAUCCUCGAAUCCGCCGAUCGAGGAUUGUGCAAAACUGCGAACGAAGAACACGCAAGAGAAUUACCGAUGAUGAACGGUAUCAAAGAAGAGAUCAAGACUAUCGGAGUUAUGAAUCCGGGCAGCCCCGAUUAUCAAGAAGCCCUCACCAAUCUUUUGUCGCGCCUCAAAAAACUAAAGGAAAACUGCAAACACCAUUUUGAAAAGGAGGAAAAGGAGCUGCUGCCAUUGAUGGAAGCGACGGAGCUAAAUAAGCCACAGCAAGAGAAAGUACUGCAGCAGUCGUUGGAUGUGAUGCGCGAUACGCAUUCUCACUUGUUUCGAUUCUUUAUGGAAGGACUAAGACCACACGACGGAAUGCAGUACUUUGACUUGGUCAAGAGAUACUGCGACAACGUUCGAGUCUCGCUUAUGCUCCACAUGAUGGUUGAUUAAGAGUUUAAGACAACGACUCCUAUUGCCCGUUGCUUCCACUCGUAUCAACAUAAUUAAGCAGGUGAAUCCUUUUUCGAUUUCUUUUUGUUUUUCGUUUAUCGACGACAUCUGGUGGGCUGUGCUUAAUCACCAUGAAGUUGAGAGUGUAUCAUUAGUGAUUUUUUUUUUAGUGAUGUAGCUUAAUAUGCAGGCAAAGGUUGAAAAAACGUAGAAAUUCGACCUGCUAACAGCAUUCCUGAUUGUAAAGUCCACUCAGAUUGUGAAAUUAUUACUUGGAUAUUGUCUUAGUGUAGAAAAAUAUUGAUUGUGAAAUUCACAUUGUAUUUUUUUUUGUAGAGUUUAU